AUGGUGGCGGAACCGCAUUUCCUUGAUCUAACAAGGCGUACACAAUCACAACCCCAAGAGAAAAAUCGUCUCAAUGUGCGAUUGGACGUCCCCGGUGGUAUUUCGUUCGCACCUGACCGUUUGAAUCCCCACAAUUCUGCAAAACGUGUGUUUAGAGUGCCGCAACUCCCAGAGCCGGCCCAGCUCUUCUACGACUUCGAGCGUGAAAUUUCAGAGCAUGAAGGUGUUCCUUAUGUGCCUUCAUCUUCCUUCGUGAUUGGUGAAGAUGAUGAGCUUACCCCUUCACAAAAAAUUGCACAGGACGUCCGUGAGAAGUACGAAUCCGCCACAGGGCCGAUCAAGUCAGGCAAGUCAGAGGAUGAUAAAAUGGAGCUAUUGCUGGAUGCUAUGAACCUGGAGAAAGGUUCUGACGAAAAAGAAAGCUCUAAUCCUUCGGAUUUGAGAAGUAAGGAUCCGGUGUCGAAUGAUGCUUUACCUGAGACGAAGGAUGAUUAUGUCCGAAAUGAGCAAAUUACAUCGCCUGAGCCGAAGAAUAAGAGCGACACAAUUGUCAAUGAAGACAAAUUAGAGAAGAAUGAGCCGAGCAUCGAAGAAAAUUCUCAUCAAUCUCGAAGCAGAGAAAGCGUGAUACAAGGGGAAGCAAACCCUAUGGAACUGGUGUCUGGGAGCCAGAAUUCUCAAGACGGGGAGUCAAAACCCCAAAAGCGCCAAGGCGAAAAAUCCCAGAACCCGACUACAAACAAGAGUGUAUCAGAGGACGGUACGUUCCCCCGACCAUCUUCUCCGGAUGAAACGCCCGCUACCGAGGAAAUAAAUGCUAAGGUUUCCAAUACCCCAUCGGAGAAGAAGGACAAUGUAUCAUCAUCUGAGAGUCGAAGAAAUGAGAAGAAUGAGCUCGGUGUCGACAAAGAGGUUCAAAAGACUGGUACAAGUAUUUCAAAGAGUGGUAUGACCAAGUCCCAAGCGAAACGAGCCAAAGAGAAGGCUAAAAAAAUGGCCCGGAAUCAAGAAGCCAUUUGCAAGAACGAAAGAGCGGAUGAGAGAUCAGACUUGACAAAUACGUCGAAUGAAGAUACGAACUUCACGCCUAGAAAUGGGGAACUUGAAAAUAUCACUGAUCUACCUGAAGAAUCAGAAGAUCAGAACACAUCACAGGGCUCGGGAAUCAAUCAUGAAGUUGAUGUGAAUGCCAAGAUCAAUGAGACUAAUGACACCAGCGACAACAACGUAUUAGAUCACUUGAAAACCAAGAUGGAUGGUGAGCAAUUAGGUGAAGAGCAUGAUUCCAUGACUGAAAAGAAAAUUGAGUCAAGGCACAGUGCUGGGCUCGAAAAUGAGGACAUGUUUGCUAAAUCUUCGAUUAACAGCAAAGUGAACACACACACAGUCAACGAAGCUGAGGAUGCUGUGCAUAACUUGAAUGUCGAGGUAGCAGAGAUCAGGUCAGAGCGCCCAGCAGAUGCCAUGUCCAUGCAAACGGCCCGAACGCAACUUUCUACUUUUGCACCCACCGUAAGUGGUUUUUCUGUCUUGGCCGAUAAGACUCGACAAGGCGGAGCAGACGGUCUACCGGCUGUUGUACGCAAAAAGUUGAACCUUAUUGACUACAAGCUUCCGCCCAGUAUUUCUGAUGGCAGCUAUGCUAAAAAGCCUUGGAACAACAAGUCAUAUUUAAAAAGCCGUGCAUUUGAGCGGCUUGCUUCGCAGCCCGAAGGACGUGAUGCAGGGACACAAUGGAAUGCCAUCAAUGGACCAGGCGAAGAGGCAUUAGCUUUCCCUUCAAACAAUUUGCAAUCUAUCACCUUUGAAACGCUUUCUGCGUUGUUUAUACCUGACCCACGUCACUGGCACCCCUAUAGGUUUGUUCGGCGUACAAACCCACGCCAGGUGCUGCUCAUGUGUGCUGGUACAGCGCUGACACAAAAACAACUACAGACGUCGGAGCUUGCACGAAAGGUUGCAUCUGGUCAAAUGGGACCAAUCAACGAUGCCAAAUCACUUGCUUCGUACUUUACUACUACUGAAAAUACUUCAUUGCAGGGAGGACUUGGAUUCGUAUACAGUCCUAAUGAAGCGCUCUGUCAUGCUAUGCAUGAAAAGGUGGAUCUUGGGCGCUCCGAGACGAAUUUCUCUCGUCGUCUUGAACGGCCAGAAUUUCCCAACGAGACGACCAAGCGACGCGCAGCAUUGCGGAGUGUUAUUGCAGCGCUAGAAUAUAUUCGUUGGGAAGAAGAAGGAUUCGACAAAAUCGUGAUCGCAACUCAUCAUGGAUGGAUUGUGCGUGGAAUUGCUUAUGACAUCUGGGAAUGGCGCCAGAACAACUGGCGAUUUACGCACGAUGCUCCAGGAGCUAUUCCGGGUGGUGAUGUACCUGACCGAGAUUUAUGGGAGCUGCUGGACUAUGUGGUCCGUCAGUAUGAGCUUGUUGACUGCAAUUGUCGAUUCUGGCAUAUUCCCAGUAAACUAAACGAAGAAGCAAUAAGACUUUCGGAAAUUGGAGCAGCCAAAACAAACCAGCACUUUACCACCGUGCGAUGGACCAAAAAGCCAUAUAGCAGCACUUGA